AGUAAUAAUAAAGGAAAUAUUUGUUUGCAAAUAGAAAUUUUAUGCUUUAUUUCGAGCACUGUUUAGUAGCAUGUAUGUUAUGUAAUAUUAUUUGUGGUCGCGUGUCAGCACCAUGUCUGUUAGGAGGACAAAGAGGGGGGUCAAUUAAUUGUGCAUUAUCACAUACACGUGACCGCUUAGCAAGGAUCACUUGUCUUCUGUAACUCGUUGAGAACAGAAGUGUUUUUUGAGUGUGCCACCAUAUUCGGAGGUAAGUUGACCUUGUAUUAUCAUUUUCUGUUCGAAUUGCUAUCAAGUUAUAAGUGAUUCGAACUUUCAUAUUUCUGAUUUGUCAGAAAUUUCGUUAGUUGUCGUAAAUCUCGGGCUGUUUAGGCAUUACUCGCGGCGCAUCUCAGCACGCACGUGGCGGCUGAGAAUUGUUUAGUCAUGGCAGGUAGUGCCCCUAAGGUCUUUAUUUUAGGUCAUUCCUUCGUUCGGCGUUUAAAAAGUGAUAUUUCUUUGCGUUUUGAUCAUCGGGUAUGCAAGGAUUUGGAACUACGUGGCACCGCGACGGUUUGCUUGCACGGCGUUGGCGGGCGGACCGUGAGCAAACUUCACAGCUACGAUCUCCAUGUAGUCAGGAGUUUCAGUCCUGAUGUGGUCAUAUUGGAAAUCGGAACCAAUGACCUUACGUUUUUAAGUCCCAAAGGGUGGGCUCAGCUAUAGAAGAGCUCGUGCGGGUACUUUUUGAUGAAUAUGAAGUGCAUCACGCCGGGCAGUAUUUGUUUUACCGCAGUUUCAAAGGCGCCAUUUUGAAACAUUGUCUUUCCUUUAAGCUUAUGUUUCCGGUACCGCUUUAGCGUAUACUCAAAGUAAUAUUUUACUAGUCCUGGAAACAUUUUUCGGUUUAUUGCCGAUAGGCAGUCACCAAACCUUUAUUAAUCGUUGUGUGCAUGGAGCGUUUGUUUUGCUUCAUUUUUGUUCACGGGAUGAUCCGGCGGGCCGUUAGGCCAUUUCGCGGGCGCUAGCCCGCUGGUUUUUGAGGAGGUGUUUCUUUGUUUGAUAUGGACUCACCUUCCGUUUGUUUGGUGUUUUAUCCACCUUGUUUAUACGGAUUCGUCCCCGUGCAACACAUUUCUUAUGUGGCAAUUUAGGGGAGUCAAUGCGUCGACCUUGCGUCUGACAGACUUUCUCUUUGCCAAAUUUUCUGUUAAAGUUGUUGGUCCAGGACUGGUAAAAUAUGCUUUGUGGAACUGAGUAACAAUUUUCCUUUGAGUUGUUUCAUUAAUUUUUGUUUUUCACUCCACAUUAAUUGCAUUUUCUUUCCUUUUAUUUGGAGUUAUUGCAAUGAGUUCUGCGGGGCCUAAGCGUUCCAGGCGUUUAGCAGCCAGACAGGUUGGGGGACCCAAUCGGGGUAGAACUAACCGAGACGCUGCAGCGGAUGCUCCAGUCAGGGAGAUGAACAUCACCCCUCAGGAGGACAGAGCACCCCAGGUCAGGGGGCGGAAACGGGCCAGGACCAGAAUUACCCAGACCAACGACUCCAAUGUAUCAGACAUCCAGUCAAACAACACCCCUCAGGAGAAGGACUCGUCGAAUGCUCAAGAUGAGAUACACCAGACCCCUCCAUCCCAGGUUCAGAUCCCUGAGAGUGUGAUUCAAGAAGUGGUGCAGCGGGUAACUGCAGAGUUGUCCAAGCAGCUCCUACCCUGUCCAUCAACAUCAACUCAACACCAGGUAGAUCACAACAGUCGUCCAAGUGAAGUGAUUGUGGAGGAGGCUAUUGCCGCAGCACGAGCAGCUCACACCGGCCAACCUGCGAUGCAAGGUACAGGUCCUGCUGCCAUGCCAGGUAACCUCUUCUCCUCCCCCAGUUUGCCGGUGGAUGCCAGGGUAUCUGACAAGUUAAAAGCCAAAAUUUGGCAAAAUGAGUUUGUCGAGUUUGGGCUGCUGCUGGCCAAUCCCAUCCUAGAAGGGAAAUACCAGCUUACUCUCUCCGCCUCCCAAAACGGGGCCAUGCCAGCGUUAAACGUUGAGCCAGUCAGUAAAACCAAAAAAUAUUUAAGCAUAGAGAAUUGGAUAUCAUGUUUCCAUAUUUUUGUGGGUGUCUAUACCCAAAAGUAUUGUCAUGAGGCCCCUGCUCUCAUGAAAUACGGUGAGACCAUUCAGGACCUUGCCAGCCGGGGACAUGAUUGGAGGUACUACGAUGAGAAUUUUAGGUUUUUGCGCCAGGGUCAGCCAAGUGCUUACCCCUGGCAAAACACGCACUGGGAGCUCUGGCUCCGGUCACAGCGAUCUGCCCUACCUUCUUCAGCCAAACAGCAGAAUGAGAGCCGGAAUUUGAGGGGUAACAGUCUUGUCAGGGGAUAUUGCUAUCGAUUUAGUAGGGGUAACCCUUGUUCAGGUGACUGUGGUUACAAACACAAGUGCCAUAAGUGUGAUGGCGACCACAGGCCAGGGGCCUGUACUUUUCGUGCCCCUAAGAGAACCUCCAAUCAUUCCCCGGCUGCAAGCCCCCAGGCUAAACCACAACAACCAAGGUCUUGAGCUACCCACUCCUGUCAGUGCUGAUAGGUUGGCCUCAUUAUUAGUAGGUUAUGAUGCGGUUAAGGUUUCUAUUCUUUUCAACGGUUUUCAGUUUGGUUUUGCUUUGCAUUAUGAGGGCAGUCGUGAGUCGGCAGUUUCUGGUAACUUGUUGUCCACCAAGGACAAUCCUGAGGCCGUAGAUAAAAAACUUAUAACAGAAUUGCAAUCUGGGCGUUUAGCCGGACCUUUCGUCACUCCACCCUUGGUCCCUUUCAGGGUUUCGCCCCUAGGUUUGGUACCCAAGAAGUUGCCUGGGGACUUCAGAUUAAUUCAUCACCUGUCAUACCCCAAGGGCUUGUCUGUGAAUGAUGGCAUUUCAUUGGAACAUUCCACAGUGCGCUAUGCCACGAUUGGGGAUGCCAUUUCCAAGAUUAGGGCUGCAGGGCGGGGGUGUUUUUUGACUAAAACCGACAUCAAAAAUGCCUUUAGAAUUAUUCCUGUCCGACCUCAGGAUUAUAAUUUACUUGGCAUGCAAUGGAAAGGGUUUUACUAUCAUGAUCGUUGCAUGCCCAUGGGCUGCUCUAGCUCUUGCAAAACAUUUGAGUUAUUCAGCACUGCCUUGGAGUGGAUAGCUUUGGAGAAAUUGCGAUUACCACAGGUAGUCCACCUACUAGACGAUUUUCUUUUUAUUUCGCCAAGUCAACACUUAGGUGUCAUGCAUUUGAAUUUAUUUUUGGAUGUUUGUAAUUAUUUGGGAGUCCCAAUAGCCCCUGAAAAGACACUAGGGCCUUCCACUACAUUAUCCUUUGCUGGAAUUGAACUAGAUACUAUACUGUUUGAAGCACGGCUGCCUGUAGACAAGAUUCAGAAGUGUUUAGAUACCAUCUCUAAAUUUCUGACUAGAAAGAAAGUCACAUUGAGGGAGCUACAGUCUUUGAAUGGCCUACUGAACUUUGCAUGUUCAGUGGUUGUCCCAGGCCGUGCAUUUCUUAGGAGACUUAUCGAUUUGACAAUAGGCAUCAAUUCGCCUUUGCAUUACAUUAGGUUAUCAAGGGAGGUCAAGGCGGAUUUAAGGGUUUGGCAGUGUUUUCUUGAAGAUUUCAAUGGUAAAUCAUUCUUUUUGGAGGAUACCUGGCACAGUUCUGAUAAGCUUAAGUUAUACACAGAUGCAUCUGGAGCUAUAGGUUUUGGGGCUGUUUUCGGAAAUAAGUGGUGCUAUGGUACAUGGCCAGACAACUGGAAGCAUCGUAACAUUGCGAUAUUGGAGUUUUAUCCCAUAGUUCUCAGUCUCUUACUCUGGGGCAAUGACAUGAGCAAUAGGUGUAUCCUAUUCUUGACUGAUAAUGAAGCAUUAGUACAUGUGAUAAAUAAGCAGUCCUGUAAGGAUAAGGAAUUGAUGUUUUUUGUGCGGCAAUUAGUUUUGACAUGUCUGAAAAAUAACAUAUUUUUCAAGGCGAAACACAUUCCUGGUGUUCGGAACAGCUUAGCCGACUCCUUAUCUCGUUUACAGCUUCAGAGAUUCAGAUUAAUGGCUCCUCCCACAGUGGAUCAGCUGCCAGCGGAGAUUCCAGCCCAUCUGCAGCCUCAGAACUUGCAACUGUUGUAACUAAACUAUUGCAGUCUAGCUUACAGCCAUCUUCUAUGCCAAUUUAUAGGAGAGCUUGGAACCUUUUUUCUCAGUUUAUUUAUGCUACCAACAUUGCCUUUUCAGCAACCCUUCCUAUUUCACCUUCCACAUUAGCUUUGUUCAUAGCAUAUCUUUUUGACAAGAAUUAUGCUCCCGCAACAGUGAAUACCUAUGUUUCAGCCUUAGGCUAUCUACAUAGGCUUUCAGAUUUGCCAGACCCUUCUAAAGCCUUUUUCAUUUUGCAGAUGCUUAAGGGUUACGGAAAAAUAGGUUUCCGUUUAGAUUCGCGCCUUCCAAUAACCCUCCCAAUUCUUCAUAAACUCAUAGAGGCUGCAAAUAAUUUCUCAUUGAGUAGUUUUCUUAUUGCGCGGUUCCAAGCUAUGUGUCUUUUAGCUUUUCAUGCCUUCUUACGAGUUGGUGAGAUAACCACCUCCUCGGGUAACAAAGGUAAUCCCCCUCUUGCUAUCUAUCAAAUUACCAAAAUGGUCAAUGAACAAAAGGAAAUUGUAGCUCUUAAGCUUACCUUUGGUAAUUUUAAGCAUAGUUACAAUCAGCACCCAUUUUCAAUCGAAGUAUCGCGUAGGAAUGAUGUUUGUCCGGUACAACAUAUUAUGAAGUAUUUAUCUCUCCGGGGUAGUGGGCCAGGACCUAUUUUUAUUUCUGCGGAUGGUUCCCCUGUACCUAGAUCAGAAUUUACGGACAGGCUUUCAGUUGCCAUUAAAUCAUGUGGGUUAGACCCCUCCAGAUACAAGGGCCAUAGUUUCAGAAUAGGUGCUGCUUCUAAUGCUGCAGAUGCUGGCAUGUCCGAUGCGCAGAUUAGGGCCUUAGGCCGCUGGAAAUCCAAUGCAUUUCUGAAAUAUAUUCGCAUCCAAUCAGUGUCCACAUCUGUUUAGAACCAGAAGGCAACUUGCAGGGGGAGUUGUCCUUCACGCUUGGCCCUGAACUGAUUCUUUGUCUAGCAAGGGCAGCGGAGAUUUUGUUUCGGGGUCAAGAGUACAUUAGCAUUUGCAACUUGGUAUCUGGCUAGCAAAGGCGGCAGGUUUAAUGCUGCAUACUUUUUACGCAACUUGCAAGGGCAGUUGCCACUCAUUCUUGGCUCUGAAGUGGGGCCUUGUCUAGCAAGGGCAGCGGGGUUCUCUAUUUCAGAGCCAAUGAUUUGUCAAUAACAGUUGGAUUAUAGUUAUCAAUAAGGUUGUUUUUCCUAAGUAUGUGCUGUUUUUCCUUUGGGUGGGGCUAGCAUCAUGUUUGUGAUGCUUUUGGCGUUUUGUUGCCCUCACCUUUACUGGGCUAAGAUAAUUGAAAAUAUUGUAAAUAUAAAGUGAAAAAAUAAUUAUAUUAAAUACGGCUUUGGGCGUGGCCCAUAGCCAAUUAAGUCCAUACAAUGGUGUGGUCUACAUUGAUCGGGGUUGGGCCCAGUAAACUAGCUUCAGGAAAAGCAGCAUUUUACCUUGUAAUUGCGAGAGAGAAAAGCAUAAAGGAAAUAUUUGUUUGCAAAUAGAAAUUUUAUGCUUUAUUUCGAGCACUGUUUAGUAGCAUGUAUGUUAUGUAAUAUUAUUUGUGGUCGCGUGUCAGCACCAUGUCUGUUAGGAGGACAAAGAGGGGGGUCAAUUAAUUGUGCAUUAUCACAUACACGUGACCGCUUAGCAAGGAUCACUUGUCUUCUGUAACUCGUUGAGAACAGAAGUGUUUUUUGACCCACCACCUCCCCCUUUUCUCCUCCUCACACUAUCAGAUUUUAGAGUUGUCAAGUUGGUUGCGUUUUGUUGCCCUCACCUUUACUGGGCUAAGAUAAUUGAAAAUAUUGUAAAUAUAAAGUGAAAAAAUAAUUAUAUUAAAUACGGCUUUGGGCGUGGCCCAUAGCCAAUUAAGUCCA